GAAGUUUGGAAAUAUGAGGUAAGAAAACGAUGGAGAUAGCAGUGGGAAGAGGAAUUCAAAUGUUGGCUCACUGUAGCUCCUUCCCAUACACUGUAAAAACCAGAGACAGAACUUCCUUCACCAGAUCCAACAAUGGCUGGCUUGCAAAGAAGGGGUCGGGUUCAGCCCCGAGCCGCCACCGGGUGGUGGUAGUUCGAGCUCAGAACCGGCCCACGUGGCUCCCCGGCCUCGACCCUCCACCCUAUCUCGAUGGAACACUAGCUGGAGAUUUUGGUUUCGACCCCCUCGGGCUCGGUGAAGAUCCCGAAAGCUUAAAAUGGUAUGUCCAGGCAGAACUAGUUCAUGCCAGGUUUGCCAUGGCUGGAGUUGCAGGGAUUCUUGCCACUGAUUUACUACGCGUGACGGGCAUAAGCAACCUGCCCGUUUGGUAUGAAGCCGGUGCCACCAAGUUCAGUUUUGCUAGCACCAGAACUCUCAUCAUAGUGCAGCUACUCUUAAUGGGUUUUGUAGAAACCAAAAGAUACAUGGAUUUCAGAACUCCUGGCUCUCAAGCCAAAGAGGGUUCUUUCUUCGGAUUAGAAGCUUCCUUUGAAGGGCUUGAACCCGGGUAUCCCGGUGGCCCGUUGCUCAAUCCACUUGGACUAGCAAAAGAUAUCAAGAAUGCUCAUGAAUGGAAGCUUAAAGAGAUAAAAAAUGGGAGAUUGGCAAUGGUGGCAAUUCUUGGAAUCUUUGUUCAAGCAAAUGUCACACAUGUUGGCCCUAUUGAUAAUCUCAUCCAACACCUUUCUAACCCUUGGCAUACAACAAUCAUUCAAACAGUUUUUGGAUCUAAAUCUUGAUACUUUUGUGAUAGGGGAAUGAAUUCUUUAAAUGUUUCAUUGCAAUAGUUUGAUAAAAGUGGUCUGAUUUUCUUGCA